AUGGCUCCAUUCUGUCGUGAGCAGGAUGUCCCGAGCGGCUGGGUUCCAGACGACCUUGAUGAGAGAAUAGCUUUCCUCCAAGCUCUGGCAGAUCACAGCCUGCCGAUGCCACAGAAUGAAGCGCAAUUUCAUGCAGCACGAGUCUUCAGUGACGAGACUGGGCGCUCGGAGUAUCGCAUGGACCAGUGGAUGGACUACCUGCAGCUUCACGGCUACUCGAUCCCAGAGGCUGCUAGAUGA